GAGAGGAACCUCUCAGCUGAAAAGAGACGGAAGACAAAUGGUGUCACUCGCAGCUGGGCAGAUAUCAUCGCACAGAAGAUUGCUUGCAUGAAGACUUCCUUUGUAGGGGCAUGGAUUGCGUUUCCACAUGCUGCUCAUUCUUACAAUAUUUGCUGGUGGAGUGAACACUGCCGUUUUCAGAAUACGGAAUAUAACUGCUUUUCUGACACUGGUGAAUCUGUUCGAGGGUUCUGCUGACUUUUAUCACACAGGAUCAAAGCUAGAACAAGUUUAUCGUAAGCUGAUCUCUUUUAAAGGUUUCCAUUCAGCCUAAAUUUGGUGGCUGCUGAAGAAUGGAGAAUAAAACCUGCAACUUCAGCCUUCAUGUGGAUAUUGUAGGCCUAAAAAGCAUCUAUAGCGUGGCCUUCUCACUGGGGUUGCCCAGCAAUCUGCUGUCCCUCUGGGGACUCUACAAAGUGGGUCUUUCCAAUGGAGGCAUCCAGCUGGUCUUUCUGUUCAACCUCAUGCUGUCAGACCUGCUGCAGCUACUCACCUUACCUCUCUGGAUGCUCUACUUGGACAAGAGGCACCACUGGGAGUACAAAUCAUUCACCUGCAACUCCUUGGCGUAUAUCUUCUAUGUCAACCUUUACGCCAGCGUGGGCUUCCUGUGCCUCACCGCCCUGGACCGUUACCUGGCCAUUGUUCACCCCCUGAGCAGUCGUGGUGUCCGCCAGGUCCGGGUUGCCAUUGUGUCUGGACUGGUCAUCUGGAUCUCCAUGUUCUUCUUCUGCAUGACAGGACUGUACCCCACAGUGUACGACGACACAAGCUGCCUCUGCCUUGAGAAUUAUCCUGUUACCCAGAGAUAUGCCUGCUUUAAGAUUGCAACUGUGAUACUGGGCUUCCUUCUGCCUUGUGCAGUCCUAGGUUACACCUCCACUCGCAUAGCCGUUGCCCUGCGGAACUCCCCUUCCAUCCUUGACAACGACCGCCACAAAAUUGUGGGAACCCUCAUCAUCAUCAUUGUAAUCUUUGUUGUCAUCUUUGGGCCCUAUCACCUGGUAGGUGCCUAUAAGUUUGUAGCAUUCUUCUUGGUUGAGGACAAAUGUCAACUGGAGCAGGCGCUUUUCCUGUGCUACCGCCUGUGCUACGGGCUGACCAGCCUCAACAACCUCCUGAAUCCUCUCCUCUACAUCUUCAUGUGCACUGAUACCCGACACAAGCUCAAGGAGUCCCUGCCCUGCCUGGGUUGCAGUAAAGACACCGGAGAGAAGACGCCAGCUGAGAUCAAUGACAGGAACACAGCGUUGACCUGUGAAACAAAAAUGUAAACAUCAAGAGCUCCCAAAGUUUUGCACCAGUGAGUUUCCACAAGGCCUACAGCACGGAUGCAGGUUGGUGUCACACCUGUACCAAACUGGCCAAAUCUGUGAGAAAGAGGCCUGGGAAACACAAACUGGUCCUCAUUGUCUUGGGUGCAUGAAGUAUCUGAGGAAAUCUUCCCCUUGUUGCACAGCGAUGAGAGUUUGCAGUCAGCCAGGUGGAUACUGAGCUGUGCACAGAAUCAUGCCAGUAGGACUCUGUACCACAAGCAGAUCUAGCUUGCAGUAUUAUUGUCUUAUUACUUGUUUUGUACAUAUCACUUUGUGAUCAACGUAUUAAGUAAGGUAAAUAAAGCAAAUGCAUCAGAUGACUUAAACGUUUAAAUUGCCACUAGUGUUUGCCACUAAUUUGCUGUGUUGAACAUAUCACAUGGGUUGUGUUGCUGUAUAUUCUGUAGUUCUUCUGUAAUUCUUCUCCUGGUGCAGCUGUCUAUCACUAUCCAUGUAUAAAAUAUUAUCUUGGUGAGGUUUACUUCUGUUUUAUUAUCUAACAAAUAUUUAAAUAAUGUUCAGUCUAAUGUCAAAUAAAUUUUAUAAAGUACCAGUCCAAAGGUUAAGUAAAGUUGCUGUAAAGUUUUUUUUUUCUUUCAA